GAGAGAGAGAGAGAGAGAGAGAGAAAGAGAGAGAGCUCAUUUCCAUCAAGUGCAAUAUCUGGCAGACCCAACACGAGAGUUCUUCAGUUAAGUACCUCUAGCUCACCUUUGCUGGUUCAGCCAUGGUUUACUAGCUUUUACACACAGAGAGAGAGAGAGAGAGAGGAUCAUGAUGAUGAUGAAGAUUAUGGGUAUUCCUCAGGUGUUCUUUCCAUUGAUCUUAAUGGCUACACUGAGCAUUUGCAUGGGAGAUAACUCUCUACAACUCAACGAUGAUGUUUUAGGCCUUAUCGUCUUCAAACUAGGCCUACACGACCCAUCCUCCUCACUGUCCUCAUGGAACGAAGACGAUAAUUCUGCUUGUUCUUGGGAAUUCAUUCAAUGCAAUCCGACCAACGGCCGAGUCUCCCAAUUAUCACUCGACAACCUGAGCUUAUCAGGAAAGAUCGGAAGAGGCCUCGAAAAAUUACCAUAUUUGAAGGUAUUAUCACUGUCACAUAACAAUUUUUCCGGUGAAAUCAGUCCAGAAUUAGCCUUCAUUAGCAUCCUUGAAACCCUCAAUCUCAGUGGAAACAGCCUUACAGGCCGCGUUCCAGAUUCUUUCGCUAAAAUGAGUUCAAUAAAAUUUCUUGAUCUAUCAGAGAAUUCACUAUCAGGGCCUAUCCCUGAUAACAUGUUCGAAAACUGUUCCUCGCUUCGUUUCCUUUCUCUAGCUAGAAACUUUCUUGAAGGGCCAAUUCCAAGCACACUCUCAAGAUGUACAACUUUGAAUCAUCUCAAUCUCUCCAACAACCAUUUCGCCGGCAACCCAGGUUUUGUUACCGGGCUAUGGUCACUGACGAGGCUCCGGGCGCUCGACCUUUCUUUCAAUGCUUUUUCCGGGGCUGUACCAAAUGGUAUAUCAACCAUACAUAACUUGAAGGAACUCAUUUUACAAGGAAAUCAGUUCUCAGGAUCACUACCAAGUGAUAUUGGAUUUUGUCCACACUUAACCAGAUUAGAUCUUAGCAAUAAUCUGUUCACCGGAGAGCUUCCAGGCUCGAUCCAGAGGCUUAAUUCUCUCACUUUUUUCAGCAUAUCAAACAACAGAUUAAGUGGAGAUUUCCCUCAGUGGAUCAGUAAAAUGAGCAGCCUGGAAUAUGUAGAUUUCUCGGGCAAUAGUUUAAAUGGGUUCCUCCCCCAAUCAAUUGGUGAACUGAAAUCGUUGAAUUAUUUGAGUUUUUCCGAUAAUAGAUUGACAGAAAGCAUUCCUGGGUCACUGGUUUCCUGUACAAAGUUAUCGGUGAUUCGGUUGAGUGGGAACAAUUUCAAUGGAAGCAUACCUGAGGGCCUGUUUGAUAUAGGAUUGGAAGAAAUCGAUUUUUCAUGGAAUGAACUCACGGGUUCAAUACCUUCCGGUUCAGCAGAACUUUUUGAAUCACUUAAAACGUUAGACCUGUCCCGAAACAGGCUCACCGGAGACUUCCCAGGGGAGAUGGGUCUUUUCUCGAAGUUGAGGUAUCUGAACUUGUCAUGGAACAGUAUUCAAUCUAGAAUUCCACCGGAGCUGGGAUAUUUUCUGAAUUUGACUGUGUUGGAUCUGAGAAACAAUGCAAUAUAUGGGUCGAUUCCAGGUGAUAUAUGUGACUCUGGAAGCUUGGGAAUUCUUCAACUGGAUGGAAAUCUCUUGACUGGUGCAAUACCUGAAGAGAUUGGGGACUGUUCAUCUCUCUACUUGCUGAGCUUAUCACACAAUAACCUAAGUGGUUCCAUUCCCAAAACCAUUUCAAUGAUGAACAAGCUCAAGAUUUUGAAAUUGGACUUCAACCAGCUAAGUGGAGAGAUACCACAAGAGCUUGGUAGGUUGGAAAAUCUCCUUGCUGUGAACAUAUCCUACAACAGGCUCGUCGGCCGACUUCCCGCCGGAGUUGUAUUUCAAAACUUAGAUCAGAGUGCAUUACAAGGAAAUUUAGGCAUUUGCUCACCAUUGUUGAAAGGACCAUGUAUGAUGAAUGUCCCAAAACCUUUGGUUCUUGAUCCUAAUGCCUAUGGAAAUCAAAUGGGUGGUCGAUAUCGAGGAAAUGAGCCUCCGAAUAGAUCCUUUAAUUUAGGGUCUCACAGGUUCCUCAGUGUUUCGGCUAUUGUUGCAAUAUCAGCUGCGGUUUUGAUUGUGGUGGGUGUGGCGGUGAUAACCUUACUAAACGUUUCGGCCAGGAGGAGGCUGGCGUUUGUCAGCAAUGCCUUGGAAAGCAUGUGCUCGAGUUCAUCACCAUCGGGAAAUCUUGCCCCGGGGAAGCUCGUGUUAUUCGACUCAAAGACGUACCCGGAUUGUAUAAGUAAUCCCCAGUCUCUUCUUACCAAGGCAGCAGAAAUUGGUGAAGGAGUAUUUGGAACUGUUUAUAAGGUUUCAUUGGGAGGAGAAGGAAGAAUGGUGGCAAUUAAGAAGCUUGUAACGUCAAACAUAAUCCAGAAUCAAGAAGAUUUCGAUCGAGAGGUUCGAAUCCUGGGGAAAGCAAGGCAUCCAAAUUUGAUAUCCCUCAAAGGGUACUACUGGACUCCUCAAUUGCAGCUUCUGGUAUCAGAUUAUGCACCAAAUGGAAGCUUACAAGCCAAACUACACCAAAGGCUACCUUCAACACCGCCUGUUUCUUGGUCCAGUCGAUUCAAAAUUGUGCUCGGAACAGCCAAGGGACUUGCCCAUUUGCACCACUCUUUUCGUCCACCAAUCAUUCACUACAACAUCAAGCCUAGCAACAUUCUCCUUGAUGAGAAUUUCAAUCCAAAGAUCUCUGAUUUUGGACUUGCAAGACUCUUAACCAAGCUCGACAAGCAUGUGAUAACCAACAGAUUUCAGACUGCAAUGGGCUAUAUGGCGCCUGAAUUGGCAUGCCAAAGCUUGAGGGUCAAUGAAAAAUGUGAUAUUUAUGGUUUUGGAGUGCUCAUCCUUGAGGUGGUGACCGGAAAAAGACCGGUGGAGUAUGGGGAAGACAAUGUGAUAAUACUAAGUGAUCAUGUGAGAGUUUUGCUGGAACAAGGGAAUGUGUUAGAUUGUGUGGAUCAAAGCAUGGGGGAGUACCCAGAGGAGGAGGUUUUGCCGGUUCUAAAAUUGGCCUUGGUGUGCACUUCCCAGAUACCUUCAAGCAGGCCUUCCAUGGUAGAAGUGGUUCAAAUACUUCAGGUCAUCAAAACCCCAGUUCCACACAGAAUGGAGGCAUUCUAAGGAGAAAAAAUUAAGCUUUUUUACUAUGUUUUGUUCCUUUGACUAAAUCAUGUUGUUCUUGUCUUUCAUUUGUGAAUUUAGUCUUGAUGUGGUACUGUGUUGACCACCACUCUAAGAAGUUUUGUCAGUGCAGAAGACAAUGGAUUUCUAUUCAUUACUUAUUUUCAAUUUCUUUGAUAUCAUAAAUUGAAUAUUUCUUCCUAUAGGUUUUCUAGAAUUAU